AUGAGUCGGAUACCACAACAGCCGCAAGCACAAUCAAAAAGCCUUGAUCAGCUCUGGGUCCAGCAUCAAAGGCGGCUUAACAAGACGACGACGUCUUCAUAUGCCUGCUUCCUCUGCAGAAAUCGGCAGGCUUUCACCACGUCCGAACACCUCUGGGAGCAUGCCCGCCGGGACCAUGAGGACGAGAUCCCCAGCGCCGAGCCCGAGCUGGGAGCCUUUCGCUCGAGGUUGGAGGCCGAAUCGGCUAAAAAAAGCUCCCCGAAGGAUGGUUGGCAACCGCGGAAGCAGACCUUGAACGAACCAGAAGGCCCUCGAUCUGGGCUCCCUCCGCCAGGACACUCGAAACGACCCUUGUCUUCUCCGAUGCCUGCGCAGGCGGCCAGCCUUGCGGAUCUGAAGGAGCUCAAAAUACGAACGCCCGGCGGAAGUGAAGAUGUCACCAUGCAGGACCUCUCGGAGGACGAUGACGGCCAGGCGACGGAACAACCCCGCAAGAGGGCUGCCGUGGGAGAAGGCAUCAGCGGUGGCUCGGCCUCGCCCUUCCGCGACGCAUCUAGGUCGCCGCCUCUAGGUCAGGAAGUAAAGGAAAGGCCUACCUCAGCACCGGGUCCGUAUAGCUCGGAACCCCUACAUGGUCAAAAAGGCAUGUUCGAACCUCGGCCCCCUGCCAAAAAUAGGCAAUUGUGGACGCCAGAUACAGUUGCUCCUCAAAGAUCAAGGGCUCCAGUUUCGCAGCCUAACAGAGCCCUAAAGUCGUUUCAAUCGCCUUCCAAAACUGCCAGUUCGAGGAUAACAGCCGGCCAACACACCGAGAAUGGCCCAGCAAGUUCAACCCUCUUGGCCAGAGCACCAACACAAGGCUCGCAAGUCCCGCCCACAGAAGGGGAGCGGUUUAAUAUCAUGUUGCAGCCAGAAACGAGACCAAUAUCACAAGAGCAACUAGUCGCGGAAGUAAAAGGCAUUUAUGCUGGCUUGGUCAUGGUUGAGGCAAAGUGUAUCGAAGUAGAUAACAAACAGGCCGCCCUGGCUCAAGCUGAUGCAGGCAACCCGCCGAAACUGAACAAUGAGCAAUGGCAAGCUCUAAUUGCUCUGCACAGAACUCUACUACAUGAGCAUCACGAUUUUUUCCUAGCCUCCCAACAUCCUUCUGCUAGUCCGGCGUUGCGGCGAUUGGCAUCUAAAUACGCCAUGCCAGCUAGAAUGUGGCGCCAUGGCAUCCAUUCAUUCCUCGAGCUGCUACGACAUCGACUCCCUGCUUCUUUGGACCAUAUGCUAGCCUUUAUCUACCUAGCCUAUUCCAUGAUGGCGCUGCUCUACGAGACAGUCCCGGCAUUUGAGGAUACGUGGAUAGAAUGCCUAGGUGAUCUUGGUAGGUAUAGGAUGGCAAUUGAAGACGAAGAUAUCCGCGAUCGAGAAGUCUGGACUGGCGUUGCUCGCCAUUGGUACUCUAAAGCGUCAGAUAAAGCUCCAACCACAGGGCGCCUGUACCACCAUUUGGCAAUUUUGGCGAGACCAAAUGCCCUGCAACAGUUAUUUUUUUAUUCAAAAUCUCUUUGCGUAGCUAAUCCAUUCGCCUCUGCCCGCGACUCGGUCUUGACUCUCUUUGAUCCCGUCCUAAACGCAGGCAACGGGCAAGGGCCAUACCGACUUCCUCCGUUUGAUACUGCGUUUGUCAAAUCUCAUGGGCUUUUGUUUACAAAUAGAGAUAUGCACUUGUUUGAUCCAACAGUAAAGGAGUUUCUCGGACUUCUUGACAUGCAUAUCGGGAGAGUUACGCGGAAGUUCAUGGAGCAAGGGGUUCAUAUCGCCAUUGCGAACUAUGUUGCUAUGCUUGGUUUUGCGGCAAAGGAUAACCCGGUUAUGAGAGCCAUUUCGCCAAGUGAAGAAGAAGUUGAGGUUUCUCAAAUCGCAGAGUCCCCCGCGGUGAUCUCCUUUAGGAACGCUCAGCGUCUCAGCAACUCGACCUCCGAAAUCAUUCUUAACAGGGUCGGAGAUCCCAACGUUCUGCCGUUUAUCCACGUUAUCCUGAUUUUCAUGCGCUUUAUGGCGGACUCUCCUGAUGCAAUGGGUUUGCUCGAAGCCGACUUCCCUUGGGAAAGCUUAGUAAGGAUGCUUAAUACAUUACUGGGCCCCUAUCAAACACGAAGUCGUAUCGAAAGCUCCGAGUUUCCUAUACCAGAACAGAGCGACGACCCUCGGCCGUUCCCGGAAGACUUCGCUGUCCGUGGCCUUUUGUGGGUUGAAAACUACUUCCCCGCUCAGUGGUUUGAGAAGAAAGUCGACGAAGAAGAAAAAUACCACGAACGAGCCUCAAUGACAGCGCAGAGAAAGGAGCGGAUUCUUUGGCUGGCAUGUAGAAUUGCCAAUUUGGGACCAUGGAUCGUCUACGAUGGGAAACAGUUCUCAGUCUCUUCAAGUAGCAUGGAGGGACUUCCUUCCAGGGCUUCGACAUUUGCCUCAGCUACUACAAUGGGCCGAUCAGACACAUGGGAAACUCAAGAUACGGAUCUAUCGGAUGGUGAAGAUGACAUGUCAUCACCGGCAACAAUUCGUGAAGGAGAGCUAAGUCCGCACGAUUAA